AGAGAUAGAGAUAGAGAUAGAAGGAGAGAGAGAGAGAGAUAUAUAUGAGAAGCUUGAAAGGAGAAGUGGUGCUUAAUUUGCCAGCAGAGAAAGCAUGGGAAAUGUACAGAAACGAUCAAAUCAUGAGCAAAAUCAAACCUGAGAUGCUUGCCCAUGCCGAAUAUAUCCAAGGAGAUGGCAGCCCUGGAAGUCUCAGGCUCUUAAAGCUUGGUCCCGAGGUAAACAACUACGUGAAAGAGUCAACAGAGAAAAUAGAGAGGGUGGAGAGUGGAACGUCAGUGACUUAUCGCGUGGUUGGAGGUGACCUACGCCGUAUGUACGAUCCGUACAGGGUCACCUUCACAUUCACUCCUCUCCAAGGAAAAGAAAACAGCACGUGUAUCGCAGAGUGGAAGGCGGAGUACGAGGUGCUGAACCCGGCCACGCCCCCGCCGGAGAAGGCGAGGGACGCCGCCCUUGGAUUCCUAAAGUGGUUUGACAAGUUUGAGCCACUUAGCUACUAGAUUGUGGCGACGUUAUCCGCUAACGGAAAACUAUGUAUUAAUUAGUGCAUGUAUUAUUGUGUGCGAGUUGUACCAUAAUUAUUUUCUGUUUCUUUUGGUCCUUUCGUUUUCAUCUAUAUGUCCAUAAAUGUACUUCAACGGUAAUAGUUAUGCAUGCAAGUUGUAAUGACAACAUUUAUGCGUGGUUGUAGCUGUA